AUGGAUGAAAAAAAUGUAAAAAUUACAAGUUAUGAAAAAAUAGAAGAUAGACAAAAAAAUAAAAUUAAAAGUUAUAUUAAUGACAACAUAAAAAUUAGUACCAAUAUAAGAUUACAUCAAAAUGAGAUAAUAUCAAGUAAUGAAAAGAAAAAUAAAUUAUAUAAUUCAAAUAGUAUAAAUAAAAUACAAAGUAACAUAAAUGUAGAGAAUGAUAAAAAUUCAUUAAGUAAUAAAAUAAUAGAUUUUACACAAAAUAAAAAAGUGUUAGAAAACCUUUCAAAAGAUGAAUAUAAUGAUAAAAAUGAUACGAAAAAAAAAAAUACAAAAUGCAAUAUAAUUAUGAAAAACAAAAACAAUUUAAUAAAUGAUUAUUCAAAUUCUAAUAAAAAAGUUGAUUAUUCUAAAAAUAAUAAAAAAUGUCUUUUAUAUAAAGAAAAUAAAAAUAUAGAAAAAUACAAUUGUGAUUCAGAAAAAGGAAAUAUAAUACCUUCAAAUGAUCUUAUUACGUAUAAAAAUGAUUUAAAUUUAAAUCAUAAAAGAAAAAUAGAUACAGAAGGAAAAUUAAGUAACAAAACAAAUAUUCAUAAAUGCAAAUUUAAAAAGUAUGAUUUUAUUAAUUCUAAUUCAUAUAACAAUUCCAAUACAAUUAUAAAAUUUAGAGAAAUGAGUAACAUUAAUAAUAAAAACGUAAAGCAUAAUAACAAUGGUUUUUAUGAGAAAAAAGGAAUAAUGCAAGAUAAUUUAGAUAAAGGAAGCUUGGAAGAAAUGAAUAAAGAAAUACCUAGUUUAUCAAAUAAAUCCACAUUUACUGAUAAAAAAAGUGAGGAAAAACUUCAACCAAAUGAUUUAAAAUCAAAUAUGGAGUAUCUAAAUAACAAUGAUACUUAUAAUCAAAAUAAAAAUAAAGGGGCGGAGUCAAAAUAUACCGAUAACUCUUUACAAAAUUAUAGUGACACAAAAAGUAAUAAUCUUAAAUAUAUUAAAAAAGUGUAUAACUACGAUGAUGAAAAAUAUAUUAAAAAUAAAAGUAUAGGAAAUAAUAUUAUUCCAUCUACGAUUCACCAAAGAAAUGAUGAAAAAACAAAAUUAAAUAAAAAUUUUUUAAAUGAAGAAAAAUGGAUAUUUAAGAAUAAAAUUAAUGUGAAUGACAAUUAUUUAAAAAAUAAAAAUAAAUAUAAAAAAUCAAAUGAAUUAAAUGAUGAACUGUUUAAUGAAGAUACAUUAAAUGAUUCAGUAAAUUUUAUUCAAAACAUAAAUAAUGAAAAUAAUUCACAUACUGAAAAUAAUUAUAUUCAAGAAUUUGAAGUAAAUGGAAAUAAAAAUGAGGUUUUGAAAAAAAAUAAUAAAAACAGAGAAAUAAAUUGUUCCAGUUUUGAUUUUAGUAAUUCAAUAAAAGGUAACUAUAAUUAUCAAGGAAAUCAUUAUAUUAAUAAUGUUAUUAAUCAAAAUAAUAAAAUUUCUAUAGAUAAUUUAAAUAAUGAAAAUAGUAUAAAUGAUAAUAUAAAAUCAAAAGAACAGUUUAAUAAAGAAUCAUUACAUCAAAAAACAAUAAUCGAUGAAGAAAUAACAUGUGAUAAAAUUCCUGGAAAUGUUUUAGGGAAUUUUAAUUCCAAUUACUUGACUGAAAAAAAUUACUUUAAGGAGAUAAACGGUAAGAAGGAGAAAUUUAGUAAAUGUUUUAAACAAGAAAAUGAUAACGACUCUACAUCUAUUGAAAAUUCAUAUAAAAUGAAUGAACAAUUUGUCAAAAGAAGUUUGAACACAAAUGAAGAAAAAGGAUCUAUCGAUAUAUAUGAUUUGAAUUAUAGAAAUAAUAAAAAUAAUAGUAAAGAAAUAUAUGAAAAUAUAGAUAAUUAUACAAAUAAUAACAUAAAAAUGCAUUCCGAAAUUGAUUAUGAUAAUUCUACUAUUGAAAAAGUUAAUGAUACUUCUAAUUAUAAUUUGAAUAGUGAUAAAUAUAACAAAUGCUUUUCUGUAGGUAAUACAGAAAAUUUUCAUAACAGUAAAAGUAUAUUGAACAUUAGUAAUGAUUAUAAAAAUUGUAAUUAUAAUGAAAUUAAUAUUACAAAAAAUGAAGAUAAAAAUGAGUUAAGUAAAAUGACUUCGAAAAAUGAAAAUAUUAAUUGGAACACUAAUACAGAAAAUAUUUACAAAGAGAAAAAAAAUUGUAGGCAUAUUAAUCUAUUUAAUGAAAUACAAAACAAGUAUAAGAAAAAACUAAUUGAAGAAAAUUUAAAUUUAAUAAAAAAUGAAAAUAUAGAAAAUGAUGUACAAAAUAUGGAUAUUUGUUCUAAUAAGGAGAUAAUAACAAUGGACAAUGAGGAUAUACAAGUUUUUGAGGUUGAGAAAAAAGAUAAUGACAAUGUAAUUAUUGAAAAUGAGAAAGGGCUAUUAAAAAAAGAAGCAAUCUUAAAUAAAAACAAAAAUUGCAAUCUAAAAUCUGCUAAUAAUUUUUGUGAUAAAAAUAAUAAAAGAAAAGUUUUAGUUAAUAAAUAUAAAAAAUUUUCAUCAAUUAUUUCCUCUAAAAGUAACUUAUUUUUUAAUAAAAAAGUCAGUAGUGAGUUAAAAACUAUAAAAAAAAAUUUUAAGGAAAAUAAUAAAAUAAAAACUUUAUCAAAAAAUGAAAAUAAUAGUUUUACUAGAUCAAAUACAUAUGCAAGUGAAAUGAGUGGAAGCAAACUUAGAAAUAACAAAAAUGAUAAAUAUAUGUAUUCUAUCAAUAAUGACAAAAAAAAAAAUGAUAAUUCUAGCUCAAUUAUUCGUAAUUAUUAUAAAAAAAUAAAUAAUACUACUAUCAUCAGUUCAUCAAAUUCUAAUAAUGUUUUAGGAAAGGAUAAAUAUAAAAGUUAUAAUAAUUUAAUUGUUAAUAAUUAUCCUAAAAAUUUGAAUAUGAAUAAAAAUAUAGAUAUUUGUGGCAAGAAAAAUUUAAGUAAUUUAAUCUUUACAAAAAAUAAAAACAUUGAUUUUACAUUAGGUGAAAAAGAACAAAGAAAUAUAAAUAAUUGUGAAAAGAAUAACAAAAUAAUAAAAAUAGAAAAUAAAAUUAUAAAUAAAGAUAGAGUUAAUGAAGAAAUAAAGAAUGAACAUAUAAAUGAUAAUGUAGUGAUUAAUAAAGAAAUAAAGAAGGAACAUAUUGAUGAUAAUAAAGUGAUUAAUAAGGAAAUAAGGAGUGAAAAUUUAGAUGAUAAUAAAGUGAUUAAUAAAGAAAUAAGAAGUGAAUAUUUAGAUGAUAAUUCACUAUCUAAUGAAAAAGUAAAAAAUGAGGAUAAUAUAAAUAAUGAACAAACGAAAAAUGGGAAACGUGGAAAUAUCAGUAUUUGUAAAAAAAUAGAAAAUAAUUCAAUUAAGAAAAAAAUUACUGAAAAUGAAAAAAUAAGUAGUAGUAUUAGUAGUAAUUCUAGUAAAUAUUUGAAAAGUAAUUUAAACUUAAAAAGUGGAGAUACUAUAAAUUCUAAAAAUACAAAAUUAAGUAAUAAUAUGGUUAGAUAUAAGACAAAAAAAAAUAUAAACGAAAAUAAUAAUAAUUUGAUUAAUAAAAAAAAUGAAAAUAUUUCUGAUAAUAUUGAAUUGAGUGAAAACAAAAAAAUUAUAUAUACUACUAGUAAUAGUAACAGUAGUAAAGUUAUAAGAAAUAAAUAUAAAACAAACAUGUAUAAUAACAAAGAAUCAUAUAUAAAAAAGUUAAAUGUAAUUAAUAGAGAAAAAGGAAAUUAUAUUGAACAAAAGAAGAAAAACAUAUAUGAUUACAACAGCAAUAAAUAUAUAAACAAUAACAAUUUUAAAGAUAUUAUUAAUGAAGAAAUGGAAAAAUAUAAAAGCAGUAAUAAGUAUAAAUUAAAAAGUAAUUCAAUACCUCCAAAUACUCAAAGAAAAAAUAAAAAUAAUAAUAUUUUAAUAAAAAAUGGAAAACAAAUGGAUUGUAUAAAUAAAAAGGAGAAAACUAGUAAAAAUAUUGUAUUGAAAAAGCAAAGCAAUAGUUGUGAUGAUAAUAACAAAUCUUUAAAGAAAAUAAAAAGAGACAAUUCAGAAAAAAAAAAUUCGAACAAUUCAUCUAAUAAUGAAAAGAAAGAAAUUUCAUAUUUUGAAUGGUUAGCUAAAGAAAAAAAAAAAAAAGAGGAAGAAGUCGAUAGAAAAAAUAAAAGUAAAAUAAAUGAUACAUUAAAUGAUGAAGAAGAAAACUUAAUGCUACAACCAUUGUCAGCAUUUAACUUAAGGCAAAAUCAAAAAAUUUAUGAGCAAGAUGAUUUUAUAGUAGAUAAGCAUCCUAUAGGUAAUGGAAGAACAGGUUUAGUUUUUAAAGCUAUAAUAAAAAAAGAAAAUGAAAAGGUGGCCUUAAAAGUAAUGGCAAAAGAUACUAUUUUAACUUUAAAUAUAGAAAGACAAGUUUUAAAAGAAAUAAUUAUUCAAGCUAGUUUAAAACAUAUAAAUAUUUUAGAACUGAUUGCAUAUUUUGAAGAUAAAACUCGUUUAUUUUUAAUUUUAGAAUUAGCUAAUGGUGGUUCUGUAAGAAAUAAAAUGAAAUUAAAAUCACAACCAUUGAAAGAAGAAGAAGUAGCUUUAUAUGUUUAUCAAAUUGCAGAUGCUUUAUCCUACUUACAUAAUUUCAAUAUAAUUCAUCGUGACUUAAAACCUGAUAAUAUACUAAUUCAUUAUUCUGAUCAAUAUUUAGAUAAUAAAAUAUACAAAUAUGGAAUUAUAAAAUUAGCAGAUUUUGGUUUUUCUUGCCAAUUAAAAAAUAAAAGACAAAAAAGAAGUACAUUUUGUGGUACUGUUGAUUAUAUGCCACCUGAAAUUAUUAAUCAAAUGCCAUAUGAUUGCAAUGUAGACUUAUGGUGUUUAGGUAUAGUUAUUUUUGAAUUGUUAGUUGGGUUUCCUCCUUUUACAGAUGAUACUCAAGAGAGAAUAUUUAAUCAAAUCAAAGAACUGAAUUUUCAUUUUCCUAAAACAGUCUCUUUGUCAGCUCAAGAACUAAUUUUAAAAUUAUGCAGUAGAACUGCUGAAGAGAGAAUUUCUGCAGAAGAAGUGAAAUCACAUCCGUGGAUAAAGCAGUUUUUACAAGAUAACGAAAAUGUUUUAAAAAUUUAA